GACUAAGGUCCAUAAAAUGGCCCCAGGUGACUGGAAGCUGGUUAGUUGGUUGUCCAACAAGUAAGAGGAAAUAACUGCACUUUGCGCCUCCGAAACUGUCAGACUCACAGGGGAAACAUGAGCCUCAGCAUGGCACAGAACUCGACAAACAACAUGCAGAAAUUUAACAAAGCCAGGAUAGAAAUUCACCUUCAUCUCGAUGGGGCUAUAAAACCUGAAACAAUUUUGUACUUUAGCAAAAAACGAGGAAUUAAAAUGCCAGCAGACACAGUGGAAGAACUUUUGUGCUACAUUGGAUAUGAUGAACCCCUCGAUCUCACUCAGUUCCUUGAAAGAUUUAGCUAUUACAUGCCAGCUAUUGCUGGAGACAGGGAAGCUGUGAAAAGAAUAGCUUAUGAGCUUGUAGAAAUGAAAGCCAAAGAAGGCAUUAUAUAUUUUGAAGCAAGAUACAGUCCGCAUUUACUGGCUAACUCCAACGUUGAUCCGAUUCCUUGGAACCAAAAACCAGGGGACUUGACUCCUGAUGAAGUGGUUCAACUUGUCAACAAGGGCUUCCAGGAAGGAGAAAAGGAUUUUAAAAUUAAAGCAAGAUCCAUCCUUUGCUGCAUGCGGCACAUGCCAGAAUGGUCUGCUGAAGUUGUACACUUGUGCAAGAAAUAUCGCAAUGAAGGUGUUGUGGGCAUUGAUUUGGCAGGUGAUGAGUCUUUAAGUACUGAUGUCCAUUCAGGCCAUGGCAAGGCCUUUGAGGAAGCUGUUCAGUGUGGCAUCCAUCGAACCGUACAUGCUGGCGAAGUUGGAGGACCUUCGACAGUCAAAGAGGCCGUAGAUGUUUUGAAGGCUGAACGGAUUGGACAUGGGUAUCACACAAUUAAAGACCCUCAUCUCUACAACCAAUUGUUAAAACAAAAUAUGCAUUUUGAGACCUGUCCUUGGUCUAGCUAUCUCACUGGAGCAUGUGACCCAGAUUUUACAAAGCAUCCAAUCAAAAGGUUUAGAGAAGAUGAAGCAAACUAUUCACUGAAUACUGAUGAUCCAUUGAUAUUCAAAUCCACGCUCGAUAAAGAUUAUAACAUUGCAUCAAAAUACAUGGGUUUCACAGAAGAAGAAUUCAAGAGAGUGAAUAUUAAUGCAGCCAAGUCCAGUUUUCUCCCUAAGAAAGAAAAAGAAGAACUUCUAUGCACAUUAUACAAGGCAUACGGGAUGAUGCAGAACAAUGUUUUUUAAAUUGCUACUGAUAAAUCAACACCAACAACAGGAAAUUCUCUCCAAAGUGACUGCCUGAAGUAUCCAAUUAAUGCACCAGUUUUUGUUUUCAGAAUAUUCCAUUGUUAACUGUUCACAUUGUGACAACUAUAAACAGCUUUCCUUGCAGCCUUUGAUUUUAAGUAUUAUAUAAUCAAUUUGAUUUUAAUUUUGUUUUUAAGGAGCAAUGUUUAGGCAAUGGCUUUGCAGAAUCAUUUAAGAUACAAGAGAACAUUUCAUGUUUUACAUGAAAGCAGAAUUUUAUAAAGCAGCACCUUGCCUACAACUGUCCCAAAGGAUCACUAAACCACAGCAAAUAAAGGACAUUUGAUGUGGCUGAUUUAGUCAAUUAUAUUAACUCCAAUAGUAUACAGAAUUUUAGGAUGAUAAUUUGUGAACUACAAAUUUCACACCUAUCAGCAGCUGAAGAUUGAUAUUGUCUGGUGAAAUGAGGUGGGGAAGAGAGAGGCCUGACUUGCUCAAGUGAUACAUUGCUGGAAAUGAGAGCAAGGGGCCCCACAGGAGUUUAAGGAAUGAGCUUGUAUUACAGAGGAUGGUUAGAACUAGGCUGAUACUGUUUGAAAGAAAAUAGUUGAGAAUGGUCUCAUCCACAAUUUAGUGACAACAUAACAUUUGAACUAUUGCUGUUGGAAAAUAGAACCAUCUAAUUUUUCCCAACUUGUGAUUUGAGUAGAUUCAUCAUGUUUUGUAGAUGUUUCAGUAUUUCCCUGACAUGGUCCUUUAAGUUUACACAAUUGGGUAUUGCUGAUAUAGUGUUCAAUAGUUAAAGAUUAAAUUUAAAUAUAUUAUUACUGAGAAAUUUUCAUUUGAUGUAGCUGGUUGAUUGUACAAGUAUUUAGAAUAUACGCCUGUACAUCUCCUAUCUAUUACGCAAGUCUCUUAAUUAACUCUUGUGCUGAAUUUCAGCUUGCACCUCUGCCAUCAGCAAAUGCUUACAUAUGAUCAUUUUCAGAAAUGGAGACUAAGUAAUAUUUUGACUGCAGAGUUUAUUUCAACUGUAAACAUAAGGGAUGUUCUAAUUAACAUUUCACAUCCUGUACUGGCACACUGAUAAACCAUCUUUCACACAUUUUUUGUUAAUUUUUGAUCCAAACAGUGCCACCAGUGACUUGUAUCUAAUACAGUGCACUACCAAAAGUUACACAUUGGCACUAUCAUUUGAUUCAGCAAAUUACUUAAAUGUCUUUCCCAAAGUUUACAAUGAUAUAAAGGAGAAUAUCAAAGUUUAUAUGAAACAGAUUGUUGGCAGACAACUUUUAUAACUCACUCCUGCAUAAAAUAUGGCUUUGUACCUGGACUGAAUUCAGAUGUAUAGAUAAAUCUUUUUCAGAGGUAAUUUGUAUAUGGCAAAUUUGUAAAAUGUUUAAAAAUAAACUUUAAAAAUAAAGGAUUUUCCAGAACUGUUUCAAACC